AUGAACAUCCUCUCCGACAACCCUCUGGCUGUGGUGGCGGUGGACAGGCUCUUCACUCUGCAGAUCUGGGAUACAGCUGGACAGGAAAGAUUUCAGAGCCUUGGAGUUGCGUUCUACCGCGGUGCGGAUUGCUGUGUUCUUGUGUAUGAUGUGAACGUGCAAAAGUCAUUCGAUAAUCUCAACAAUUGGCGCGAAGAAUUCCUUAUUCAGGCGAGCCCUUCGGAUCCGGAGAAUUUCCCCUUUAUAGUUUUGGGGAACAAAGUUGAUGUAGAUGGUGGUAAUAGUAGAGUGGUCUCUGAGAAGAAGGCCAGGGCUUGGUGUGCUGCAAAAGGGGACACUCCGUAUUUCGAAACAUCCACAGUGGCUGUGGUGGCGGCGUUUUCUCCUUAA